AUGCCCAAGAAGGAGCUUUGGCCAGCAGGGCCUUGCUCAGAACCUGUGACCCACAUCGGCAGCUGUGACCACAUGAUGAGCACCACCUCCACCCACUCUGGAUCUGGUGACAACAGCUACGACUUCCUGUCUGCUGAAGAGAAGGAGUGUCUGCUCUUCCUGGAGACGACCAUUGGCUCCCUGGAGGUCGAGGCUGACAGUGGACUGUCCACAGACGAGUCAGAGCCAGCCACCAGCCCUCAGAGCUUCAGAACACCACCCCUCACCCAGCAGACUCCCCAGGGUAAGAGACCGUCUAGGGAGACAGACUCUCAGCACGUGCCUGCACCAGCGAGAGUAUCCCAGUUCUCUGGUCCUCCUGAGUCUCCUAGUCUGGGCCUCAGGUCUGGUUCCUACAGCCUUCCCAGAAACCUCCACCUUGGCAGAAGCCAGAACCUCAGGGAAAGCACCACCCAGACUAAUAGCCACGUAUCUGAAACAUCUGAGGUGUUCUUAGAGCCUGGGAAAGGGCAGACCAGCCAGGACGCUAAGCCCAUCCAGCCAAGGGCCCCAUCUCAGGACACUGCCCUUGACCUGAACACAGUUCUCAUCCCGCCACCGGAGGCUUUUCAAGACAGUAGGCCAAAGCAAAGUGGGGAAGAGAGCCCACCUAAAGAGCCAGGAGAGAAGAGACACACACCACAGGCCCAGACUGUGGUCAGCUCCCAGAAGAAAGAGGAAACAUCUUCAGAAACUAUGUCCCAUAAAGCCACCGGGCAAGGUUGGACAGAAGGUUCACAACAACCACAGCAGCCUCCUGACAAGUCAUCUGAGAACACAGGAGCUGAAGAGGCUCCCCUACCAUCGGGGGUCAGGCCAAGUCUCCAACAGGCUCCCCCCACAACCUCAAAGCCCCGUAGGCUGCCUCCUAAUAUCGUAUUGAAGAGCAGUCGAAGCAGCUUCCACAGCCAUCCCCAGAACUGGCUGUCAAAUCACAGCGAGGCUACAGACUCUGGGCCUGACCCUUCUUCCCUGCAGGAACAAAAGAAAGCCCGCAGAGAAGCUCUGGAAAAGCUAGGGUUGCCCCAGGACCAAGAUGAUCCCAGCCUACUUAUAAAUAAGCGGACCACUUCCCUUAAAGUCAAGGCGGCUCGGGCUCAGAGCCCUGCCCAGGCCCAGGCCACGGUUCAGCAAGCAUCUCCAGCUCUGGUUCCAGGGGCUGCUUCUGCUGCAAGGAAAGCUUCUCCAGUGAAGGCUGUCACUCCUGUGGCCUCUUCAGGCAAGAGUUGGAUUCCUGCCCAGGAAACCCCUCCAGGGAAGGUGGCAGCUGCCAAGUCUAUGCCCAUUCCUAUCCCUAAAGCCUCAAAGGGAAGCACUUCCCUGACACAGCCCAAGCCUGAUCCACGACUGACCCUCCAGGAGAGUAGCAUCCCUGGCCUGAGACAGAUAAACUUCAAGUCCAAUACCCUGGAGCGCUCAGGCGUGGGGUUGAGCAGCUAUCUCUCGGCAGCUGAGAAAGACUCCAAAUGCCGAACCAGUACAUCUCUGGGAAAGAGCCCCGUCUUGGACAAGGUUUCACCUAGUGUCUUGCGUAAUUCCCGGCCCCGGCCCGCCUCGUUGGGCAUGGGAAAGGACUUUGCAGAAAUCAAGGGGGCCAAGUUGGUCGGCCUGGAGCAGAGCCAGCAUUCCCAGCAGCUGGCCUUCCAAGGACAGAGCCGUGACAAGCUUCCUCGACCUCCCUGCGUCAGUGUCAAGAUAUCCCCAAAGGACAUUCCCGAUGGACACAGGAGGGAGGCCCUAAAGAAGCUGGGACUGCUGAAGGAGUAGCUAGGCCACCUGCCUAGCCAGCACCAAGCCACCAGAAGAGACUGGCUCUACCUAGAGCCUUUGCGGCCUCACAGC